AUGGGCUGGCUGGUCCGCAUCAACAGCCACGACGACAGGACCGGCCGCCGAGAGAGGGCGCCCCCGGCAGCUCCUCCACCGCCCGCUGCUGGUAAUGCUGCUGUGAAGCAGAAGAAGAAAAAGCGAGGCUGGUGGAGGGGCGACGUGCGGACGUGCACAAUCAUGGGGGAACUGAGGGAGCUCUGUGACGAGGAACACGAAGACGAGGAAGGCAGGCCCCGCAAGGGGGUGGAUGAUCGCCAGACGGGCGACACAGCCGAUUGGGUGGAGGUCAUGCAUCGCUGGUAG